AUGGAAGAUUAUGACGCACUUGCUAUAUUAGGCCUGGUUAUUAGUUUAAACAAAAAAAAGAAGCGGAGUCUAUGGUGUAAAGACUGGCUUAUGAAAAAGAAGCAAUUCUCUCAUACCAACUUGUUAUGUGAGUUGAAAUUCGCUCCGCAAGAUUGGCAUAACUAUUUAAGGAUGAAUGAAGAGGCAUAUUUAAAUCUGCUGGCUUUAGUUUCUCCGCUAAUAAAGAAACAAGACACUGUAAUGAGAGAAGCUAUAAGUCCUCAUGAAAGAUUAACUGCUACACUGCGAUUUCUAGCUACAGGACGUUCCUACCAAUAUAUGAAGUUUUCUACAAUAAUAUCACCGCAAGCUCUUAGCUAA